AUGCGGACGAUCACACCGACCACCGGCGAGACGCUCCGGGCCUGGCUGCUGUCGGCGCUGGUCGUGCACGGGGCGGUCGCCGGCAACCCGGACGCGAAGCGCCUGUACGACGACCUGCUGAGCAACUACAACAAGCUGGUGCGGCCCGUCGUCAACACAUCGGACGUGCUGCGGGUCUGCAUCAAGCUGAAGCUGUCGCAGCUAAUCGAUGUGAAUCUAAAGAAUCAAAUCAUGACCACGAAUCUUUGGGUCGAACAGUCUUGGUACGACUACAAAUUACGCUGGGAGCCGAAGGAGUACGGUGGAGUGCAGAUGCUGCACGUUCCAUCCGACCACAUCUGGCGGCCAGACAUAGUGCUGUAUAACAAUGCCGACGGCAAUUUCGAGGUGACGUUAGCUACCAAGGCAACUAUAUAUUCGGAAGGUUUGGUUGAAUGGAAACCUCCUGCCAUUUAUAAAUCAUCAUGUGAAAUUGACGUAGAAUAUUUUCCAUUCGAUGAACAAACAUGCGUGUUGAAAUUUGGAAGUUGGACAUAUGAUGGUUUUAAGGUCGACCUCCGGCAUAUGGAUGAAAAGUCGGGCAGCAACAUUGUAGACGUCGGCGUCGAUCUGUCCGAGUUCUACAUGUCGGUCGAGUGGGACAUCCUGGAGGUGCCGGCAGUAAGAAACGAAAAGUUCUACACCUGCUGCGACGAGCCGUACCUAGACAUCACGUUCAACAUCACCAUGCGUCGCAAGACGCUGUUCUACACGGUGAACAUUAUCAUACCGUGUAUGGGUAUCUCCUUCCUGACCGUCCUCACAUUCUAUCUGCCCUCGGACAGCGGAGAAAAGGUCACGCUCUCGAUUUCAAUUUUGAUUAGUCUCCAUGUGUUCUUCCUGCUGGUAGUCGAAAUCAUACCGCCAACGUCACUCGUCGUGCCUUUGCUAGGAAAGUAUCUCAUCUUCGCCAUGAUACUCGUCUCAAUCAGUAUAUGCGUCACAGUGGUGGUGCUGAACGUGCACUUCCGAUCACCCCAAACCCACCGAAUGGCACCGUGGGUGAAAACUUUUUUUAUAGAUUUUCUACCACGAUUUCUCUUCAUGAAGCGACCGCCGUACAUCGAAAACCACAGAAAAACGCUAUCAAAAGACCUACACGCUUGCUUUUAUCCUUAUUACUCAAAUACUACAUUAAACCGUAUAGCUCGUUUUACUAAUAGGACACCAUCUAAAGAAGAUCUUUCUCCGUCAAGAAGCCAUUUUCAAUUGCACAGUCUAUCAGGUACGGGCCCGUUCGGCGGAAGCUGUCAGAUCCACGGUCCCAUUCCGCUGCCGCACUCCGAGUCGGAGGAGCUGUCGAUGUCGACGGCCGCGGACACGGCCGUCCCGUCCGGCCUGAAAAGUCCGACCUUCAAGCAGCCGGCGUUCUCGCACACCGUCUGCUCGACCGAGGUGCACCGGAGUUGCUUCUGCGUGCGGUUCAUCGCCGAGCACACGAAGAUGCUCGAGGACUCGACAAAGGUCAAGGAAGACUGGAAGUAUGUAGCGAUGGUGCUCGACCGUCUGUUUCUGUGGAUCUUCACGCUGGCGGUGUUGGCCGGGACGGCCGGCAUCAUCCUGCAGGCGCCGACACUCUACGAUGACCGGAUACCGAUCGACAAGACGUUCGAUGAGCUGGCUACGUCGACCGUCGUCCGCUGCCCUCCGCAAUAG